GGGCGGGCCCGUCGGGGGCGGAGCCGGCGCGGCCGCGGUCUCAGCGCUCUCCGCCUCUCCAGGAUGCGGGCGCCGGGUGCGGGCGCGGCCUCCGCGGCCUCGCUGGCGCUGCUGUGGCUGCUGGGGCUGCCGUGGACCUGGAGCGCGGCGGCGGCGCUCUGCGUGUACGUGGGCAGCGGCGGCUGGCGCUUUCUGCGCAUCGUCUGCAAGACGGCGAGGCGGGACCUCUUCGGCCUGUCUGUGCUGAUCCGCGUGCGCCUGGAGCUGCGAGGGCAUCAGCGCGCUGGCCGCACCGUCCCGGGCAUCUUCCAGGCGGUGGCCCGGCUGCAGCCCGAGCGCCCGGCCCUGGUGGACGCCGGCAGUGGCGCGUGCUGGACCUUCGCGCAGCUGGACGCCUACUCCAACGCCGUGGCCAACCUCUUCCUCCAGCUCGGCUUCGGCCCGGGCGACGUGGUGGCUGUCUUCCUGGAGGGCCGUCCCGAGUUCGUGGGGCUGUGGCUGGGCCUGGCCAAGGCGGGCGUGGAGGCCGCGCUGCUCAACGUUAACCUGCGGCGCGAACCUCUGGCCUUCUGCCUGGGCGCCUCGGGCGCCAAGGCCCUGGUCUUUGGUGGAGAAAUGGCAGCGGCGGUGGCAGAGGUGAGCGGUCAGCUGAGGAGGAGCCUCCUUAAGUUCUGCUCUGGAGACUUGGGGCCCGAGGGCGUCUUGCCGGACACGCACCUCCUGGACCCGCUGCUGAAGGAGGCCUCCACCGCCCCCCUGGCACAGCCCCCCAGCAAGGGCAUGGACGAUCGGCUCUUCUACAUCUACACGUCGGGGACCACGGGGCUGCCCAAGGCUGCCAUCGUCGUGCACAGCAGGUACUACCGCAUUGCCGCCUUCGGCCACCACGCCUACCGCAUGCAGGCCACCGACGUGCUGUAUGACUGCCUGCCCCUGUACCACUCGGCAGGGAAUAUCAUGGGUGUGGGACAGUGUCUCCUCUACGGGCAGACCGUCGUCCUCCGCAAGAAAUUCUCAGCCAGCCGCUUCUGGGACGACUGCGUCAAGUACAACUGCACGGUAGUCCAGUAUAUCGGGGAGAUCUGCCGCUAUCUGCUGAAGCAGCCAGUGCGCGAGGCGGAGAGGCGACACCGCGUGCGCCUGGCGGUGGGCAACGGGCUGCGGCCGGCCAUCUGGGAGGAGUUCACGCAGCGCUUCGGCGUGCGCCAGAUCGGCGAGUUCUACGGGGCCACCGAGUGCAACUGCAGCGUCGCCAACAUGGACGGCAAGGUUGGCUCCUGUGGCUUCAACAGCCGCAUCCUGCCCCACGUGUACCCCAUCCGGCUGGUGAAGGUCAACGAGGACACGAUGGAGCUGCUGCGGGACGCCCGGGGCCUCUGCGUCCCGUGCCAGGCUGGGGAGCCCGGCCUCCUUGUGGGCCAGAUCAACCAGCAGGACCCGCUGCGCCGCUUCGAUGGCUACGUGAGCGAGAGCGCCACCAACGAAAAGAUCGCCCACAGUGUCUUCCGCAAGGGCGACAGCGCCUACCUCUCAGGUGAUGUGCUGGUGAUGGAUGAACUUGGCUAUAUGUACUUCCGGGACCGUGGUGGGGACACCUUCCGCUGGCGCGGGGAGAAUGUCUCCACCACCGAGGUGGAGAGCGUGCUGAGCCGCCUGCUGGGCCAGACAGAUGUGGCCGUGUACGGGGUGGCCGUGCCAGGAGUGGAGGGUAAAGCAGGGAUGGCAGCCAUCGCAGACCCCCACAGCCAGCUGGACCCCAACGUGAUGUACCAGGAGCUGCAGAAGGUGCUGGCACCCUACGCCCGGCCCAUAUUCUUGCGCCUCCUGCCCCAGGUGGACACUACAGGCACCUUCAAGAUCCAGAAGACGAGGCUGCAGCGAGAGGCCUUCGACCCCCGGCAGACUUCGGACCGGCUCUUCUUCCUGGACCUGAAGCAGGGCCGCUACCUGCCCCUGGACGAGGGCGUCUACACCCGCAUCUGCUCGGGCGCCCAUGCCCUCUGAUCCUUCUCCCCGGCCAGCCAGACUCCCCGACCCAAGGACCUGCGCGGGGCUGCCUCUCGCACGGCCUGGCGGGCUGCACCUGGUGGCCGUCCUGGGGCUGAGACUGGCGCCUCAGCCGAGCCGCUGCUCCUGCCCACUGUCGCGCUCCCGUGUCUGUGUGUCUCGCGCCCUCCCUGCCCCACGUCCCUUCUGGCCUCAUCUCCCCCCUCUCCUCCAUCCCACCUCCUCUCUCCGCCAACAGCGGUCAGACGUUUCUUAGGAGCCCCCUCGGCUGUGCCUUAAGGAGCCCCAGCCCGGCCUCGGCUGCCGGGCCCAGAGUCUCGUGUGAACUCCAAGCAGGCCCUGUGCCUUCUGUGCUGGGCGGAGGAGCCGGGGUCGUCUUCCUGGUCUGCCCGGGUGUGUGGGGACAGUGGCAAGUGGUCCCCAGGUCAACUGGAAAUGUCUCCCAGGCUGGGCCGACUGCCUUUUUUUUUUUUUGUACUUCGCCAUUCCUGGUGGGUUUCCCUGGCCCCACCUUUCUCUCCCGAUGCCUUGGAAGCUUCCAGGAUUGACUAUGACCCCUUGGACGCUGCCACUGCUGGGCCCUGCCUGGAUGCCCCUGUUCAGGCAUCUCCUUGGAACUCCUGCUGGAGGGCCCCGAAGGAAGGCGGGGCUGGGUGGCUCUAGCAGACUGCUUACUGUCCCUGGUGGAGGCCUCUGUGGCGUCCCCACCUAGCGUGGCUGCUGGAUGGACCCAUGGGAGCGGCAGUGGUGGGGUCGGGGGAGGUCUCCUGCCCGGGAUGGCAUCUGCAAUGGCCUUGGGUUCUAGUCCUCGGAUGUCCCCACUGGCUGUGCUACGGAUGGCUCGGACAAUCCCGCCAAGAUGGCGCAGACAUACCCAUCGGUGGCUCUUCUCAAGACACCUGAGGCCAGUCUCACUGGGGUGGCCGCCCAGGCCACCCACCCGUCUCCCCUCGGCAGUACCAUCCAUCCCUGGAACGGGCUGGCAGUGAGCCACUGUGCUGCCUCACUCGGACCUUUCCAAGCACUGAGGUUUUGAUUCCCAACUGGUUUUAAGAAAUAAACCUGCA